GCUACACUGCUCCUGCCUUGCACACCCCCGGGGAUUAGAUCCACUCCUACCCCGCUACCGUAGCUAAGGGUUUUGCCCUGUCUGUUUUAGACACACGGGGGUGAAAAAACAGCUAGACUCAAAGUCUGAUGUAUACUUUAUGACACGAUCACUUUAUGCAAGAGGAAUAAUGAGAAGAGGGAGGAACCCUAAAUCUUACCUGCUGGAUUAGAUGAGCUACAGAAAAUUCUAGACCUGCAGUGCCAGCUGAUCUCACAUCAGGAGUGGAUCAUGAUGGAUGCCAGAGACAAGCAGGUUCUGCGUUCCCUGCGGCUGGUGCUCUGCUCAGAGGUGCUGGUGGAGGGGCUCAUCAUUCAGUACCUCUACCAGGAAGGCAUUCUAACAGAAAACCACCUUCAAGAAAUAAAGUCCCAAGCCACCAAUCACAGAAAAACCAUGAUGCUUCUAGAUAUCCUUCCUACCAGAGGACCCAAGGCCUUUCAGACUUUCUUAGAUUCCUUACAGGAGUUUCCAUGGGUGAGAGACAACUUGGAGAGAAAACGUAAGGAAAUGAUGGCAGAGGAUCCUGUAGAUGACGGGUUAACUGGAAUUCCACCAGAAGUUUUGAAGAACCCACCAACAGAUCAGCAGAUUAACAAACUUGCCAGGAGUCUGGGGCCUGAGUGGGAGCAUAUUGUACUGUACCUGGGUUUGUCACAGAAUGACAUCUACAGAUGUAAAGUCAAUCACCCUCACAAUGUGCAGUCACAGAUUGUGGCUGCAUUUGUCCUUUGGAGACAGCGUUUUGGAAUCAAAGCAACAAUCCAAAGUCUGCACACCAGUCUGAUGGCCGGAGAAGUGGAUCCUUCUGUGAUCCAGCAUAUGCUUGAGUGAAGUCUUGUUAUCGAUUGGAGGCUCUUGAGUUUUUUGCUAAAUGAAAUGCAUUGGAUUCACUGAAUCACUUAUCAGUGUUCUGAUGUCUCUUAAUUAGAAAGCAAGGAAAUGGCAGACAAGCAGCUUGGUAAUUUUAUUACUCUGUGCUUCCUUGUAGCUUUCAGUUCUCUGUGGGAAGUUUUGACGUCUCUUAUAAUUACAUGUAUGCCAGAUUAUUUUUUAACAGGCUUUAAGAAAUUAUCGUUCUUUUUGUUCACUUUUAUACUUCUUCCAAAUGUUAUGUAGUUAAGAAGGCGUUGACGCUUAAAGUUUCCUAGAGUCUUUGCAAGCAGUGAGCCACAUCCGGAGAGGUGCUGAGCUAAUAGUAAUGGGAGGUUGUUGGGCUCAGCAUUUCCCUUAGGACUUUGCCCAUUGUUAUUGUAUUAUUUAAGAAUAUUCUAAGGCAGGAGUAGGCAAACUACGGCCUGAUCCAGCCUGCCAGCCAUUUUAAUCCGGCCCUCGAGCUCCUGCUGGGGAGUGGGGCUGGGACCUGUCCCAGUCCAGCGCUCCAGCUGUGGAGCAGGGUUGGGGGCCGCUCUGCGCGGUUCCCAGAAGCAGCGGCAUGGCCUCCCUCCGGCUCCUACACGUAGGGGCAGCCAGGGGGCUCCCUCCGCACACUGCCCCCGCACCAAGCGUCACCCCCGCAGCUCCCAUUGGCCGGGAACCACAGCCAAUGGGAGCCGCAGGGGCGGCACCUGCGGACCAGGCAGCGCGCAGCAGAGCUGCCUGGCUGCACCUCCGUGUAGGAGCCAGAGGGGGGACAUGCCGCUGCUUCUGGGAACCACUUGAGGUAAGUGCUGCCGGCAGCCUGCACCUCUGAGUCUCCCCCCGAGCCCCAACCCCCUGCCCCAGCCUUGAUCCCCCUCCCACCCUCCGAAGCCCUCAAUCCCAGCCCAGAGCACCCUCCUGCACCCCAAACCCCUCAUCCCCAACCCCACCCCAAAGCCUGCACCCCCAGCCGGAGCCCUCACCCCACCCCACAUCCCAGCCCCCCUACUCCAGCCCAGAACCCUCUUCCUCAUCCUAAACUCUUCAUUUCUGUCCUCACCGUGGAGCCCCCACCCCCACCCCCAGCCAGAGCCCUCACCUCCUCCCCAACCCCAAUUUCAUGAGCAGUCAUGGCCCACCAUACAAUUCUCUAUGCAGAUGUGGCCCUCUGGCCAAAAAGUUUGCCCACCCCUGCUCUAAGGAGUUAUGGCAAGGAGCAGGAUGCUGUGAUAGCAUGUUAUCUCUUGAAGAGCAGGACAGCUGGGGACCCUUUUCAGGGUAUAAAAUAAGAAAGAGGAUAGGCAGGAUCUAGUGAAGGAAAGUUCUGUGGACAUGGCAGUGAAGUGCCUGGUAGCGGACGUUGGUUUCUCUCUUCUGUGGCUAAUAAACAAGGAUAUGACCUUGUAUCCCUAGAGUCUUUGCAGUUCUUAUGCUCUAGGAUCCAGAUGAGCCUGCCUCUCAAGUGCAAUUUUACUCUUAGCUUUAGUAGCAUAUGUACUGUUCUCAAAGCCAGAGGGGAAAUGGCCUACCAAAAUGAGCUCUCUAAUUUUACAAUAAGCCCAGCCAGAGGGGUGGUUUAAUGGUCUAAGCAGCAGGUUUGCAGUCUCUAGAUUCUCUUGCAUCACAGGUUUGAAUGUCAGCAAGAAUAACUUAAUCUUUCUCUCCCACCACAGUAGAUAAGUGGAAUUGCAUGAAGUUCAGUGGAUGGGAUGUUUCUGGAUGAAACUUUAAAACUGAGGUCCUGCAUCUGUGUUGUCACAUGGGUGUACCCUAGGAGGAUGACAAAGCCCUGGCUGGGAUGAUUUAGUUGGGGUUGCUCCUGCUCUGAGCAGGGGGUUGGACUAGAUGACCUCCUGAGGUCUCUGCCAACCCUGAUAUUCUGAUUCUGUGAUUUUAUGAUGACAGUCUGUGUGAUGCCACUAGCUGGCAAGCUACCUCAAAUCUGAGAUGGCAAGAGGUAAUCUGGGAACUAUUGGUGCCAAGAGACAGAGGCUGCCAUUGCUGGCUGGGGUUAAGCAUGGUCUUCAAUAGAACCAGAGAAUUCCUGCUGCCCUUGUCUGAACACCCCUCCUCAUGGUCUGGCCAAACCCAUUCCCAGAAGCCAGCCCUUCUCCAUGAAGAAGAACUCUGCAAUGGUUCCCAUCACCUUCUGGGAGAGGAGAAAAGAAGAUUCCUGAAGACUUUGUUUCUUUCCCACUCAGUGCGGAAGAACUCCCACUGCUCUCCUUUGUACCAAUGCUGUCUCCUAGUUUUCCUGCAGCUAACAUGGAGCUCCUUUUAUCUCAGCCACAUGUACCUGUGUUACUGGAAUUAUGGGACCCAUUCUCUGGUACCAUUGGUCAGGUUUUAUCCCAGAAUGGUGGUUAGAGCAUAAGCCUCCUCUUCCCUUGCCAGCUAGCACCAUUUCUUCCUUUUGGCAGGAAGCUCUAAGCAUUUGCCUCAUUCCUGCCUAUCAGGUAGAUGUAUCAGUUGCCAGGGGGAGUAUUCGUGGACAAUCAGAAAGAUCAACUACUGUAUGAAACCAAGAUCUUCUGAUGAUUCAAGGCAGAAGUACAUUAGAACUCCUUCCUGGUGGAUUAACUCCAAGGGAAGGACACACAUCACAGAGGACUGAUUUGGCAGGUAAACAGAGUUUGGGUCCAGAAUUUUGAGAUCAAUUUAUGGGCAACCCCUCAAGCAGACUAUUUCAGCAUUCUCACCUAGGUCAGAGUCUUCAUAAAGUUUUUUGGGUUGAGGGUUUUUUUUCUCCUGUACCCCCAAUUCUCAAAACCAUAAGGUAAAUUAGGGAGGAGAGGGUCAUCUGAACAGUCUGCUGGCUGCCCAGUUUGUCAUGGUUUUCUGGACUCCUGGUACCUGACAGUAUGGUUUGGCAGAAUCAGCUCAUUCAGGCCCAGAAGCAAUCUGCUGGUAUUUUAUUUUUAGUCUUCUAUAAUAUAGUCCUGACCUUCAGCCAUUCAUGAUCCUGUUACACCUCACUUACAUCUUAAUUAUCUCCUAUUAUGAUGUAUUAAAGCGUAAUUCUAUCAACAAGUCCCAAAUAAACAAAACAAUGUAAAUCAA